AUGGCUAGACAUACAUCGCUAGAGUCUGAGAGACCCAUCAUGGCCCAGUCGGCCCGUACCUCCAAGCGAUUCUCGACUGUCAGCGAAGCCCCUACGGUCGCCUCGUCGGAAACCACCUUUGCAGGUUUGCCUGCUGGAGACCCCAGACUAGCCGAUUUCCACAAUCUCCGUGAUGGGCUGGAGCGCCUGGAAAACAAGCCCCUCUUGAAGCAGCGUUUCGUUCCUACCCCGGAGAAGACCGACAACUUGAGCAAGUUGGCAUUGGGGGCCAAGGUGGAGCGCGCCCUUGGACGUAGAAUGACUAGCCAGGACGCUGUCAUGCGAGAGCCCGUGCUGAACGAAAAAGCGGCGGUGGAAGCCCCGCGGUGCAUCAGAUAUGGUAGUAAAACAGCUAUCGGCCGAGGAUCCAGCAUCAUUGCCAAUGAACGGCCCGGUCUGGGGGGGUUAAAUCCACCGCAUGCUGAUAUCAUGGAUGGCAAAUGGACUAGCCUACCGCAUUGUUCCACUGCGUCAUCAACACAAGAUCCGACAGCGAUUUCGUUUACAGACUCCAAUAUUGCCACCACUGCUGCCACCCACAUUUUGUCACUGAUCGCGGUCGUCCAGUCGAUCGACGAGAUGCGCCCGUGA